AGCCGAACUACGACGAAGAUGAGACGAAACUCUCCGAAGCUGUAUCGAACGUGUGCAGAAGCAUCUGCUAUGAGACCUGCAGGAAGUGCUCAGCGAUCACGAUAGUAUUAUAUAAGCAAAAGAUCUCAGUAGGGAUUAUAAUGUCUUAAUAUAUUUUAAAACGUCUCAUGUCAGUAGGUGUCCACUGAGCUGCCUGUAAGAUGUCUAUGGUGCUGUUCGCGUCUGUGGUGAGAGUGAGGGACGGUCUACCACUCUCAGCCUCCACAGACUAUGAACAGGAUAAAGGAUUUCAGGAGACUAAGAAACAUCUCAAGGGUCUGUCCAAAAAACUCAGCCAGUUUUCGGAUCGCUGCUCACUCAGAUCUGGCCUUUAUAACAUCAAUUUCACAAGCUCUCUUGGAGUCGGGUACUUGAUGGUUUGUACAGAAAGCUAUCCCAAUGUCCUGGCCUUCAGCUUCCUGGACGAGCUUCAGAGAGAGUUCAUUGUCACAUAUGACACCAAGCGGAUCAACAGCGCUUUGAGGCCUUUCUCUUUCAUUGAGUUUGAUAACUUCAUUCGGAAAACCAAGCAACGUUACAACAGCCCACGUUCCCUCUCCACCAAGAUUAAUCUGGCCGAAAUGCAGACUGAGAUCAAGCUCCGGCCUCCUUAUCAGCUGUCCGCGGAGGACAUUGGAUCAAUCAACGGCUUCUCACAACACAAGCAGUCUAAAUAUAAAGGCUUAGCUCCUAAUCAACUGUUGGAGGCCGUCACCCUGUCGGGUAUCGUCGCCUGCGUCCUAAGUGUCCUAUGCGGCGCUCUUAAUUUGCUGCGGGGAGUCCACGCAAUAGAAAGUGUAUUGCAGAACGAGGAUGAAGACUUUAAUUACGUAAUUGCUUUUUUCCUUGGAACCGCGGCCUGUUUGUAUCAGUGUUACUUGUUCGCCUACUUCUCAGUUUGGAGGAACAUCAAGUCAUUCCUGGCCUUUGCUAUGAUCUGCCUAUGUAACAUGUAUCUGUAUGAACUCCGUAACAUGUGGCAGAUCCUUUUUCACGUGACGGUGGGAGCGUUCAUCACUCUGCAGAUCCACCUGAGACAACCGCAGGGCAAAUCACCUGACUACAAUGUUUGACCCCCUGGAACACUUUUAAGACUACGUAACGUAGCCCAACAUGGCAACCCCAACCUGUUCCCACCCCAUCUAAUGACAAGAACUAUGGAUUGUGAAGCAGGUUUUACAAAAUAUUUUGAUAUUGUUCAAGAAACACUUCCUGCUGUUUCACAUCCAGUUGAGGUCACAGAUGAGAAACUGGUGUUCUUGUUGAUGCAAAAGGUUAAUAACAGAGACUUCAUAAGCGCAGAGUAUUAGAUUCAUGCAUGAAAUAUUGAAGGAAGCAUUAGCAGAUGUGCACAGUUAGGUUGUAGUUAUUUUUUGUUUAAUUGACAUCAGGGCUUAAAGGGACAGCUCACCCAGAAAUGAAAAUUCUUACAUCAUUUCUUGAACAAUGGCUUGAACAUGGCUUUCCAGUGAACAUGGAUGGUGUACAGGGUCUUUUGAGGAUUAAAAAAAUAAUAAUAAUAAAUUCAGAUAAAAGCAUCUACUUAAAAUAUAUAAAAAACUGCAAUAUUUACAUACAUAUGCAUAUUUCUUUUAGCAAAACAUUGUUUCAAUACCAAAUCAACCCUUUUUUUUUUGUAAUUUGCAAUGCUUCAUGUACAUUUGUCUUUUUGUCUGAUUUUCAAAUAGUUUCUUGCUUCAAAUUAAAGUUUUUAAUGAUUAAAUUCGCUGUAUAACUGAUUAGUUUGGUUCAUAGCGUAUAACUCUUAAAUGACGAUAUUUCUUUUUAAAUCCAUAUGGCAAAAAUGAAUUAAAUUAAUUGAAAAAUACUUUUGGAAAAAUUGAGCGGGCACCGUUGCACUUUAACUGUGUGUAAGAAAGUUAUUAUCCACUAGUUUAGUAGUUCAUUAACAAACUCUUGCUUGACAGUUGUAAUUAUUCACAUUUUAUUGUGGUAAAUCACAGCUUAUUCAUCUAAGCAUUUCCUUUCAUGUUCCACUGAAUAAAGAAAUGAUUAAAACUUGUGGGUGAACUUUUCCUUUAAGAUGUAAUUUUAGAUUUUUUUGACACAUUGUAUGACGAUUUCUCUAUUUUGAUUGUUAAAGCCAACUCAUAUGCAAGACUUUUUAUAGCUGCCUAUAAAAGCAGACUUUGGUGAUUUUAUUUUGUUAUAUGCUUUCAUAGAUGCCUAAUUUGAGUGUCACUGUGUUUGUGGUCAUUAGUCAGACGUCUCUGCCCUGAAAGCAUAAUCAGACGUGUUAUUUAUCAAUCGUGUCUAUGCUGCCUGCAGGUGUGCUUCCUGCAAAUGAAUGUGGUUGGCUAAGAGAGAAAUGGAAUCGCACUAAUAGACAGACUCUGUUUUUCCCCCCUCAGUGUUUGCUGCCUUUUGUCAACGGGUCUGUUCAGUGACCAUGUUGAGUGGUAUAAAUGAGUUAUGGUUUAUUUUGUUUCUGUUCACCUGUUUUGUUUUCAUUGUGCAAAUGACAGGUUGAAUGGAUGAUUGACAGAUUAAGGGUCAAGGGGUUUUAAAAUUCCUCAGAUGAUGUACGUGCAUUUCUUUUUUCCCCAAGUGUCGGUGAUCAAAGAUUGCAUCUGCGUCUUUGUAUUGCAAUGUACCUCAAUGCUCUCUCUCCGGCAGUAGUGCACUGCCUUGCCAGUUUGUUUGUACUCAGACGAAAGGCCCUGUUUUGAAAUCAUCAGUAAAAAACCUUGAUUUGUAUGAUUGUGUGCUUUUUUUUUUGCACUUCACACAUUUAUAAAAUAUUAGCAACCGAAGUAGGG